GUAUGUAUUCGCGAAAUCUAGACAAUUAUUCCUUACAAUGAACAACGAUUCUUUUCGAAUUAUUAAUAACCGAGUAAAAUUUCAACAAUUUCUAAUUGUGAGCGAGGACCAUAAUCAAAGGCUUUAAUAUAAUUUUGCCAAAAUGAAUAGAUGUGUUCUAAGCAUCGAACAGUUUAGGUAUCAUUUAAAAAAUAGUUAUAAUAUACGUCAAGUUUAUUCAAGUUGGGAUAAAAACAGAACUAAGGAAUACGAAGGCAGAAAAUUAGUAGGAUUUUCUGUAGAGCAAAUGUUUGAUGUUGUAUCAGAUGUACAAAAUUAUAAGAAUUUUGUACCAUUUUGUAAAAAAUCUGAAGUAAUUUAUGAGGAAAAGAGAAUGUUUUUAACAGCCAACCUAGUUAUUGGAUUUCCACCGUUAAACGAAAGCUAUGUGUCCAAUGUGACGAUGGUGUACCCUUCGCUCGUAAAAGCUGAGUGCAGAGAUGGAAAACUAUUCGAUCACUUGAACACUCUGUGGAUUUUCACACCUGGCUUAAAAAACAAUCCGCAAACAUGUGUCAUUGAUUUUUCUUUGUCCUUUGAAUUUAAAUCAUCGAUACAUUCACAUUUAUCAAAUUUAUUUUUUAACGAAGUUGUUCGACAAAUGGAGAAAGCAUUUGUCGAAGAAGCGAAAAUGAGAUACGGUAAGCCCAGUAUACAAACUGUUCAAUUAAAUAGAUGAUGUAUAGUAAGAGAGCAGAUUUAACUUAUUUGAGAAGCAUUUUAUAAUUUAUUUGUAUAAUAAACCUAUUUGAUAUUUACGUUUACCUGUUUAGCAAAAUAAUUUCAACAAACGCCGUAGU